CUCGCUUUGCGAUUGGCGGAGGGGCACGUCGCUCCGCUGUCGCUAGGGCCGCACUUCCGCCUGGGUGUCAGCGGGGCGGGGCGGGGGGGCUGCGGCGGCGGCGGGGCCAGGGCCAGGGCCAGAUCUCCUCAAAGGGAGGCGAGCAAGAUGGGAAAAACAGCAGGAAAAAAGGCUUUUGUUUAAAUAACAUGCCACCAGAACUUCUGCAUGGUUACAAAGAUCAUCUAAAGCAGCUGGAUAUUUGCAAAAGAAGACUUCAACAGCGAACAGAUACUUCAUCUCUCAAUCAGAUUCAACAAUGCAUUAGAGGAAGCUGGCCUGGCUGUACAGAGAUUUCACACUGAAGAAUGAAUAGUGAAGAAGAAUUCUAUGAUGCCGUUACGGGCUUUGAUUCUGACAAUUCUUCGGGAGACUUUUCAGAAGCAAAUCAUAAAGUCACAGAAAUGCUCGAUCUAGAUCCGCACCAAAGCAAUAGGACUGAAAAGCAUAACGGAGAGACAGAGAUUCAAGAAAAUGGAAUUAAGAGACACAGGACAUCAUUACCUGCCCCAAUGUUUUCUAGGAGUGAUUUUAGUGUGUGGAGCAUAUUAAAAAAAUGCAUUGGACUGGAAUUGUCCAAGAUUACAAUGCCCAUUGUGUUCAACGAGCCAUUGAGUUUCCUUCAGCGGAUAACAGAAUAUAUGGAACAUAUAUACCUCAUUAAUAAGGCUUGUAGUCAUGCAGACCCCUUGGAAAGAAUGCAGGCUGUAGCUGCUUUUGCAGUUUCUGCUGUAGCUUCUCAGUGGGAGAGAACUGGCAAACCAUUUAACCCACUGUUAGGAGAAACCUAUGAAUUAACCAGGGAGGAUUUAGGAUUUAGGUUUAUAUCUGAGCAAGUCAGCCAUCACCCACCUAUUAGUGCAUUUUAUUCUGAAGGCCUCAAUAAGGACUUUAUUUUUCAUGGAUCAAUCUAUCCCAAACUAAAAUUCUGGGGAAAGAGUAUAGAAGCGGAGCCUCGGGGAACAAUUACUUUGGAGCUUCUAAAACAUAACGAAGCCUACACGUGGACAAAUCCAACCUGUUGUGUACAUAAUGUAAUUAUUGGUAAACUGUGGCUAGAACAAUAUGGAACAGUAGAAAUUGUAAAUCACAGUACUGGAGAUAAAUGUGUCCUUAACUUUAAACCGUGUGGACUGUUUGGGAAGGAGCUUCACAGAGUAGAGGGAUACAUCCAGGACAAAAACAAAAAGAAGCUGUGUGUGAUCUAUGGCAAGUGGACAGAAUGCUUAUGGUGCACUGAUCCCACUACAUAUGAGACUUACAAAAAGAAUGAAAAGAGAGGCGGUGAACAGAAGAAAUUGAAGCCGAGUGAAGAUGUUAUUAAAUCUGAAAAUGAUGAGGCUGAUGAUAUGCCAGAAGUUCAAGACACCGUGCAGUUUGUGCCAGGCAGCAAAUUGCUUUGGAGGAUAAAUUGUAGACCACCAAAUUCAUCGCAGAUGUACAAUUUCACCAGUUUUGCCGUGAGUCUCAAUGAACUAGAGAAGGGCAUGGAAGCAAUAUUGGCUCCCACCGACUGUCGGCUACGUCCAGACAUCAGGAAUAUGGAAAACGGAAACAUGGAUGUGGCUAGCAAAGAGAAAGAGAGGCUAGAAGAGAAACAAAGAGCUGCUCGCAAGGAGCGUGCAAAAGACGAAGUGGAGUGGCAGACACGAUGGUUUCAUCAAGGCACUAACCCAUACACUGGGACUUCAGAUUGGCUGUACUCAGGUGGCUAUUUUGAUAGAAAUUUCUCAGACUGUCCAGACAUAUACUGAAAUUAUGGAACCAAUUGCUCAUCUCAUCUGGACAUCACUAGAUUUCAUUCUAAGCCAGUUACUCUGGUUUUGUUAAUAGCAAAAAACAGCUUUUCUAAGUAAAUUUUAACAAAACAUCAGUCAACAAUCAAGGAUUUAAUUAUCACUAAUGUUGGAUUGCCAAAUAUUUAAAUACUGUUGCGUUCUUCCCAUAAAGCUGCACCCGAAAUCAUCAUGUUUUCACUAAUUUUUAAAGGGACCUUUGGUUCUUCAUUUUUUUCCACCCUCAUUUUUGUCAGGAAGGUAUGCUGUAUCUGGUAGAGCUCAUAACAUCCUUGAAAACUGUGUAACUUUAAUAAAAUAGAGAUAAUAUCCUCUUAGUACAAUAGUGAAGAAUCUGAAGUCUUCUGAACUUGGAGCAGGGAUGAAAAGUUGAUAUGGUACCAACGUGAUAAAAUCUAGUACUGUUCCUGUGAAGAGAUGCAUGUGAAACUUUCAUACGGUAUGUAGCACUAUACGGGGAUUGGAGCUCCUGGCCCCUCUCUCUCAACAUGAUUUAAUAAUUCAAAGACUUGGAGAAACAAGAAACAACUUUAGCUUCUCAAACUGUAGUUGUCUGUUACAGAGUCUUCACAAUUUUUGGACACUGUGAGCAUUAAGCUGUAUACCUGUGAUAAAAUUACAUAAAAGUAUAUGUUAAGAGAAGAGAAAGGUGCAUUAAAAAUUGUGUGCUUUUUCUGAAGUCAAAUGCUGUUCUGAAAAUAAGAGAAGCUUCAGAAGCAAUUGUAGGAAUGUAGAGGUGGUUACAAUGUAAAAUAUAUUGCUUGCUACCACUUGGAGGCUUAGAUCUUCCACACUACUUUUGGCAGCUUUGGCACUGUGUACGCUUCUAGACUAAACUUUUAUUUGGAAGCACUUGGUAUAUAUAUCCACACAGGUUCAUAUUUCCAGGAUGUUUUUGUUUGCAUGUUUUUUCUUUAUUAGGUCAUGUCUGUUUUGUAUGUUGUGAAAAAGCAGAAUCAAUUUAAAGCUGUGGCAUAGUUAUACCUUUUACAUGUUUUCUGUGAGCACGUAAUGUCAUAGACGUGGGAUUUUUUUGUUCCAUAUCGAAACAUCGAAGCCAGAUAAUAUUGGACAUAACUGAGCUACAGAUCAAUUACUGAACUGAUGCAUUCAUUUUCUUUCAAAGUGGUAUACUUCUUGGGGGGGAGAGGGGGAAAGGAGGCUUGAAAACUUAGGUCCAGUAAUUAAAACUAAUCCUACGGUUGUUUGUUCUUUUAUGAAAGCUUCUAAUCGAGUAACUAGGCAAAAAUGGAGAGUGGCUACACUACUGUUAGGUUUACGGUAAAAUUCAGCAAUUGCUGGUGUUGACCAUCAGCACCUUGAGGAAUAUGUAGAAGAAUCAAUCCAACUGAUGCCUAAACACAUUUGUGGCUUCAUCGAAAGAGUAGAUUGUUCUUCCAUCCCAGCUACAGGAUUAAAAAGCAAAAGAAAAUGCACAUACAGAGAGAAACAUUUUUGUGCUCAAAGUAAGCAUCUAAUGAUUGGAUUAACUUUAAAUUGGGGGGAUUUUGUUUUCUUCCUCUUUGGAAAAAUGGGAGAAAUUGUAAAAUUUCAGGGCAAUAAAAAGGGCCAAAUCUGAACAUGCUCAUGACAACUUUAUUCCGUUGUCAGAAAUCAUGCUUUGAGCUGAUUGCAAGUUUUUCAAACACACGAGCUAGACAUGGUAAUAAGGUUCAGACAGUAAGUUUGUAUUUUCUCCUAAUAAAUGCAUAGACACUUUUAAAAAGUCCUUGCUGAUCUGUAUGGGACAGCAUAAAAACACUUUCAUCCUUUUUAUAAAAAAUGGAUUUUAAUGAGUGUUCCAAGCACUGUAAUCCUCCUUGCAGACUCCCUGCAAGCUGACUGGGGAGCCAUUUAUAUUGGAUGAGGAUUGAAAAUAUUCAGUUUAAGCCAGUUUAACAUCUGGGAGUUUAAAACUUGCUUGAACUAAAUAAUAUGUUUAAAGUUUGAGUCAUGUUUCUAAAACAAUACAUAUAAAUAGAAUUACCAGAAUGGAAAAGAGUAAUUGCUAAAGAAAUACUCUGGUUUUGAGAAGGAAUGUACAGGUUAGCAUCUCUCUCCUCUAGGUUGUAAUUCUAAUUCAAAGAACUAAACCCUUUUCAUUAUGCAAAACCAGAGACAAAUGUAACAACACGUUUAAUCAAAACUUCAGGAUAGCAUUUUCAUGGAAUUUAAAAAUGAACUGGAAAGGUUUCUAAAAUAAGAACACUUCUUUAGUUAUGUCUUUUACCCCGUUCUCCCCUUCCCUUAGUGUAAUGUUCUUAGUGAAAUUUCAGAUUGGUUCCAAAUCUGUUCUUUUAAUUUAUUGUUCUUCAUUGAAAGCAUUAACAAAAUAUUUUCUCAUUGCUGCCAAAAAAAAUUAUGCCUGGCUAGCCGUGGGAUGCCUAAACCACAUUGUGAUUGCUCUGAAAGUGAAAAAGUUUUAUUUUAAAUGCAGAUCUCGCCUCAGUAGUUUACAUGUCAAAACUUUAAUAACUUUGCACCUUUUAAAAGAAUGUCACUUUUAUAACUUGAUUAAACACUGUAUAUAAGAUAAAUGUGUUAGUAUAUGUUAAUACGACUAUGUAGAGAAACCAUCUAGAAAGAGAUUAUAAUAAAUACUUAAUUCCCUUUGGGCCUCUA